AGAAGAAAGCGAUUAAUGUGGGAAGCCUUGUUAUCUUUGUGGUGCAGUGAAUCGUCAUUUCGACACGCCAGGAAAUCUCGGGACGUGAAUAAGAGCUUAAAGAAAUAGUCUCGCUUUAUUGAGAUGAAUGCACACGGAAGUCGCUCCAUCGUCGGACAUUUGCCGAUCGUAACAUGCACGAUCCCGAUCGUCGACAGAUCAUCACGUACGAAGUGCGGAGAGCCUCGAGACCGCCGGACGAGAUCUUUCGACGCUUUUGCCAAAUUGAAGACAAUUGAACAAGACAUGGUUUUGAGUACGAUCGUUGUUACUUCAGCGCUCAAAGGUGCUAUUGGUUUGGUCGGCACGGGAUUAUGGCUGGUGCCACUGCUGAUCGCCGGUCUCUCUUACUACCAUUACGACCAAUUAGAUCCCGAGAGCCGGCCGAUUAAUCGCUAUCCCCUCGAAGCCGAGUACGAUUUUGUGAUAAUAGGCGGUGGAUCGGCCGGUGCAGUGGUGGCCAGUCGACUCUCCGAGAUCCGACAUUGGAAGAUCCUAUUGUUGGAGGCUGGGCCCGAUGAGAACGAGAUCACGGAUGUGCCGUCUCUGGCAGCGUAUCUCCAAUUGACGAAACUCGACUGGAAAUACAAGACGGAGCCCAACGGACGCUCCUGCCUCGCCAUGAAAGAAGGACGAUGCAAUUGGCCCCGAGGUAAAGUCCUCGGCGGCUCGAGCGUUCUCAAUUACAUGCUGUACGUGAGGGGCAAUCGCCACGACUACGAUAACUGGGAGGAUUUGGGUAACCCUGGCUGGGGUUACGACCAAGCAUUAUACUAUUUCAAAAAGUCCGAGGACAAUCGUAAUCCCUAUCUGAGGAACAGCCCGUAUCACGGCAAGGGCGGCUAUUUGACAGUACAGGAAUCGCCAUGGAAAACACCUUUGGUUGUAGCCUUUGUACAGGCGGGUACCGAACUCGGUUACGAGAAUCGUGAUAUCAACGGAGAAUAUCAAACUGGUUUCAUGAUCGCCCAAGGCACUAUUAGACGAGGCACCAGAUGCUCCACGGCUAAAGCCUUUCUGCGACCAGUCAGAUUGAGAAAUAAUUUGCAUACAGCUUUGAAUGCCCAUGUGACGAAGAUAAUUGUCAAUUCGUUAACGAUGAAAGCAACGGGAGUGGAGUUUGUGCGCGAUGGGCGAAAACAAAUAGUAAAGGCAAGGAAUGAAAUUAUUUUAUCGGCCGGCUCUAUUAACACGGCCCAAAUACUAAUGCUCUCGGGCAUCGGGCCAAAGGAUCAUCUCGAAGAAAUGGGCAUACCCGUCCUCAGAAAUCUCAGAGUGGGAGACAAUAUGCAAGACCACGUGGGCAUGGGUGGACUAACUUUCAUUAUAGACAAACCCGUUGCCAUAAUUCAAGACCGAUUUCCACCCGCACCCAUGACAAUGCACUAUGUGGCAAAUGGUAGAGGGCCAAUGACAACGCUUGGCGGUGUCGAGGGCUACGCGUUCGUAAACACUAAGUACGCCAACGCCACCGGCACCUAUCCUGACAUUCAAUUUCACAUGGCACCGGCGUCCAUCAACUCCGACGCCGGUAUACAGGUGCGCAAAGUUUUGGGCAUCACCGACGAAGUUUACAACACCGUUUAUCGGCCAAUCGUCAACAAGGAUGCCUGGACGAUAAUGCCCCUGCUAUUGCGACCUCGUUCACGAGGCACCGUCAGGCUACGAAGCGCCAAUCCCUUUCAAAGCCCGAGAAUCGAUGCCAACUACUUCGACGAUCCUCGCGACAUCGCCACCCUCGUUGAGGGUGUCAAAAUAGCAAUAAGAGUAAGCGAGGCUGAAGUAUUCAAGCAAUUCGGCUCGAGAAUCCAUCGGAUCAAGCUUCCAGGCUGCAAGCACUUGAAGUUCGCAUCGGAUGCGUACUGGGAGUGUCACAUACGUCACAUCUCCAUGACGAUUUACCAUCCCGUGGGCACUUGUAAGAUGGGCCCGGCUUACGAUCCCGACGCAGUCGUUGAUCCGCGGUUACGUGUUUACGGCGUCGGAGGAUUGAGGGUCAUCGACGCUUCGAUAAUGCCGACUAUCAGCAGUGGAAACACUAAUGCCCCCGUUAUCAUGAUCGCCGAAAAGGGCUCUGAUAUGAUAAAAAAUGAUUGGAAUUCCGUUACAAAUCGCUGAUAUGUAUUUGAUUUUGAUAAACGGUAUUCUUAUGUAAAUAUUAACUUUUUUUUUUCUUAUUAGAUUUUCAUGUCUUCGAUAUGUUCUGUUUGAUUUGCGCGCAAGCGCGCGCGCGUGUGUG